AUGUAUGUCAAGACAGGGUUGUUGUUGAUCGUCUGGGCGAUCGUCGCGGUUUCAGGCUGGUGCACUGAGGUACCAGCCCAGCGAUCGUACAUGUAUGUUGGAGGACAGUAUAUUCUGAAUGAAGCUGGCCAGCAUGUCUUCACAGAUCAGAUGUACGUGGAAAAACUCACUCCGGCCGCGGGUGUUACCAAGCCUCAUCCAAUUGUCUUCAUCCAUGGACAAGCUCAAACAGGCACUAAUUGGCUCAACAAGCCCGACGGAGGAAAAGGCUGGGCCUCCUACUUCCUGUCUGAGGGAUAUGCAUGCUAUAUUAUCGACCAAACCUUCCGUGGCCGCAGCGCCUGGUUCCCUGGCAAUGGAACGUUGAGCACCUACAGCGCCGAAAUCUUGCAGCAGCGCUUCACCGCGGCGAAGCGGUACAACCUCUGGCCGCAGGCGUCCCUGCACACCCAAUGGAAUGGCACGGGCGUGAUGGGCGACACGGUUUUCGACACUUACUAUUCCUCAACGGUCGAGUUCCUCAGUUCAGCAACCUACCAGCAGUCAACAGUCCAGGCCGCCGGCGCUGCCCUGCUCGACACCAUCGGAUCUCCAGUAAUCCUCCUCUCCCACUCUCAGGGUGGACUUAUGCCCUGGCUGAUUGCGGACGUACGCCCGAAUCUCGUCCACUCCAUCGUUUCAAUCGAGCCCACUGGCCCUCCCUUCCAGGAAGCCAUCUUCAGCAACACCAGCUCGCGCGCCUACGGACUUACCGAUAUCCCCAUGACCUACUCACCCGCCGUGACUAACCCGAACGAACUUGUGAAACACGUUAUCCCUUCCAACUCAUCCAUGUAUUCCGACUGCGUGAUCCAGGCCGAUUCUCCCGCACCGAGAAAGCUCGUCAAUCUCGCCAAGGUGCCCGUCCUGGUCGUGACGACCGAAUCAUCUUACCACGCGCCGUACGACUGGUGCACAGUUCGGUUCUUGCAACAGGCAGGUGUUUCGGCUGAACAUCUCAAACUGGCGGAUAUCGGCAUCCAUGGAAAUGGACAUUUAGUUUUCAUGGAGAAGAAUAGUUUGCACGUCGCUGCAGUUUUGCAGAAAUGGAUGGAGCGGAAGUGA